AUGUCGAAGCUAGUUCUGCUUGCACUGCCAUGGCUAACCCUACUUUCCUGGGCGGAAGACGUCCAUCUCGAAUGGGAUAUUACCUGGGUCUGGGCUGCCCCGGAUGGGUUUGCCAGGCCGCUAAUAGGCAUCAAUGGCGAAUGGCCUUGUCCGCAGGUCGACGUUAACUUAGGGGAUCGGGUGAUUGUGGAUGUAUACAAUGACCUUGGGAAUCAGACUACUGGAAUCCAUUGGCACGGCUUUCACCAGUAUAUGACCGGUAUGAUGGACGGCAGCAGCGAGGUGACACAAUGUCCCAUUCCGCCAGGUGAGAAGAUGCGAUAUGAAUUUAUGGCAAAUCAAACCGGGACGUACUGGUACCACUCCCACAAUAUGGGCCAAUAUCCAGACGGGCUGCGCGGGGCUUUUAUAGUGAACGAACCAUCACCACCAUUCGAAUACGACGAAGAGCUCACCAUAACCCUAUCUGACCUCUACCAUGAACAGAUGCCAACCCUACUCAAUCAGUAUCUGUCUCUGGAAAACCAAGCAAACGGCGGGCUGGAGCCUCUGCCAGACAGUGCCCUAAUAAACGACUCAACAAACACCACCAUCCACGUUGAGCCCAACAAGACAUAUCUCAUCCACAUAGUCUGCGUCGGCAAUUUUCCCGGGCACACCUGGUUUUUCGACGAACACGAAAUGACCGUCGUCGAGGUUGACGGCAUCUUCACCGACCCAUACCCUGCACUUGACAAGCGCCUCCGAAUAACCACAGGGCAGCGCAUGAGCGUCCUAAUCCAAACGAAGAACGACACCAGCCGCAACUACGCAAUGUGGAAUACAAUGGACAUGAACAUGAUGUUCUUUUACGCAAACAGAACAAUCCCCGAAGGAUUCAAUCCCAACGUUACAGCCUGGCUCGUGUACAACGAGAGCGCGCCUCUGCCUCCCCCUCCUAUCGUGCACGACCUGGAUGCGAACAAGGAUUUCGUUGACGAUGUUCUCUUCGUUCCUGCAGACCAUGAGAAGAUCCUCGAACCGGUGGAUCGCCAAAUCAUCAUAAACACCACUUCGAAGGCCAUUAACGGUGUUGCGCGGUGGACUGUGAAUAACGAGACAUACAUCCCACCAACCGUCCCCUCACUAUAUACAGCCCUCUCCAUCGACGAAGAAUACAUCUCCGAUCCCACGGUAUAUGGCCAGGUCAACCCGUUCAUAGUCGAGUACGGCGAGGUCGUGGAAAUCGUGAUCAACAACGACCACAAUAACCUGCAUCCAUGGCAUUUACACGGGCACCAGUUCCAGGUUAUUCAACGCUCCGCGGUGGAUGGGGGACUUUUCAACGGAUAUUUCCAGAACAUCUCGUCGACACCGGUGAAGCGGGAUACGAUCAUGGUGCAGAACCAUGGACAUGCAGUGAUACGGUUUCGCGCGGAUAACCCAGAUAAGUUCCCAAUCCCACGCGUCUGGCUCCUACACUGCCACAUAGAGUGGCACGUUGAAGCUGGGCUUACAGCGACGAUUAUUGAGGCGCCGAAACAGCUACGUGAGAUGUCUUUGCCUGUGGACCAUCUCAAGAUCUGCGGCAGCUAUGGUAGCCCAAGCUCUGGGAAUGCCGCUGGAAAUGAGGGAUUGGAUUUGACUGGGCUAAAUACGGAGGUAACCCCUGGUAGUUCUGGUGCGAUGUAUGAUGAGGACCAUGCGGAAAAGAAAUAUAGACCCUGGGCUACAGGACAUACAAGGGAUAGCUUUGGUCAAUAG